AGCAGAGGAGCAUGUGAAAGCAGCAGGAACCCGCGGAGGGCGUGCUAAGUGAAACCGCUCCGCCCGAAGAGGAAGCAGAAAGACAACAUGGAGGAAACGUGUUUCUCUUCACACUCGUUUCUUUAAUGACUCGGAGCUUUUAGACCAAACUCACUUUAAUCCACAGUCACUUCACUCAUCAGCUGGAGAUGCCGACAUCCUGUCACAGGAACUAGUUUUUUCUCUAAAAAAACUACAACACGUGAUCGCUCCCACGCUGCGAGGUGGCUUUUUAAAUUCAUCGCAGAGACACUGGUGUAACGUGGAAUCCAGAACAUGGACUUCAUGCCAGAUGACAACUCCCAGUACAAACAUGUUGACUACUGGGAUGAAAGAUACAAGAAGGAGCUAUGCUACGACUGGUUGGGCGACUUCUCCAAAUUCCAGCACCUUCUGGAUACGCACGUCAAGAAGGAAGACUCCAUUCUGAUACUGGGUUGCGGAAACAGCAGCAUGAGUGGGGACAUGUACAUUGCCGGCUACCGCUCCAUCACCAACAUAGACUACUCCUCGGUGUGCAUCAGCACAAUGGGCGCCAGGUACAGCGACUGCCCCGGUAUGACCUGGCGUCAGAUGGACGUGCGCCAGCUCCACUUCCCCGGCACGUCCUUCGAUGUCAUCCUCGAGAAGGCCACGCUGGACGCCAUCAUGGUGGAGGAGAAGUCACCUUGGGAGGUGUCCCCUCCGACCGCCUGUUUUGUUCACCAAGCACUCUCAGAGAUCAGCCGCUGCUUGAAGCCCGGAGGACGCUUUGUCUCCGUUACCUUUGCGCAGCCCAUCUUCAGGAAACGCCUCUUCGCUCGCGCUGAGUACAACUGGUCAAUCAAACAGUACAGUUAUGGAAAGGGCUUUGAAUAUUUUGUGUAUGUGAUGACCAAAGGAGAACAGCUUAGUCCGGAAGAUGCAGAUGUGGAGAAAAAGCUACUUGAGGAGAUGGAAUCGGAACCUGGCCGGACCCCCGCAACACAAAAAGAGGACACGGAGGACUUCCUGUUGAAUAUUGACUUGUAAAAUGACCGGAGUAUCUUAAGGAAUCUAAGACCUCAGAAACUUAGCAAAAUAGCAAUAUAUAACUUUUUUGUAUAUUCAGUUUAGAAAUUCGUAACAAACGUCGUUUUUUUACUUAAUUUUAAAAAAUAUUUUUAAAUAAUUUCUAUUUCACCAUAUAGAUGCUCAAAUCCAACAGGAUGUUUAACACAGGGCAGUGACUGAUGCAAACAAAAUGUACGGUAUAUAUAAUUUAUACACAAUUUACACAUUUGUUAUGCUCUUAUUACAAAGACAAAAGAGUUCUAACAGAAGAAUUGUCUGAACUUUUAACUGCAGCUAACUUUGAAAACUACCUCAUUACAGCUGCAGCACCAGCCAGUAAAUAUACUGGAGUGUUAGAGUGACCAUAUAUUGACCAGUUACACGUUUUUAAUUUUAGGAUCUACGAGAACAGGUUUACAUGGUGUUAUGUUAGAAAUGCACAUGAGCCAACGGACGUCAUGGGAUACAAGACAAAUUUCAGAAGAUAUUCUGACAAUAAAGUGAAAUCUAAUCUUAAUCUAAUUGAUCUGAUUUGAUUGGCUAGCGUCAGUUUAGUGUUUGUUUAAACAUGAUUCGAUUGGCUGGGGCCUCCAAUGACGCAUGAAAAGUCGUCAUGCAACGUGACCACAAGGCAGUUUCGUAACGCAUGACGUCAUCCUAUUCAAAGUGAAUGAGCAUCUUAUGUUUUGGUUUUAGCACAGAAUAAAAUGAAAAAAUGACUAAUAAUAAUAUACAAUGCAUGUGUAUAAAUCAACAAUACAUAAAGAACAACAGCUCUAGAGCAGCAGCUAAAUAGUUUUUUAAGUAUCUUAAAUCUUGCGCAUUGUUUUCCGUUGACGUCUCCAUAAAUGCAGGGUUAGGGCGCAGUCACAUACCUGAAUAUUACCGAGGCAAACCUUCACCUUCUGUUCACUUCCAAUCUGUAAGAGUGAAGAGGCGAAUGAAACGUUUGCUUCCUGUGGCGAGGCAAAUUGUGGUUUUUGUGUGGAAUUAAACUUUGGUGAACUACCUCAGUAAAGAUGCAACUGUGAAACAAAUAAUUAUUUCACUUUAUCACACCAUGAACAUUGUUUUAUAUAUGUUUCAAUGUUAAUAUCGUUGCAUUAUCAUUUAAGUUUUGAUGACCAUUAAAUGAUUUGCAGCCAUGA